GUGAGAGAGAUUUUCUCUCGGUUGUAGCGCUCGCCAUUUUUGGAUUCCCCACCCGCGGGCUAACUCCGGGGCAGGGCCACGAGUCAAGAAGUCGUCCCGGCGAGCUUCGCCAGCAGUGCGAGAGACACUCGACGCGCGUCGUUCCGAACGCUCGGUAGUUCAGUUUUUUUCACGAGUAAGCGAGACAAACAGAAGUCGCCAGCAUGGACGCGAUCAAGAAGAAGAUGCAAGCGAUGAAGCUUGAGAAGGACAAUGCGCAGGACAAAGCCGACGUAUGCGAAGGACAGGCCAAAGAGGCCAACAUGCGCGCGGACAAAGUUCUCGAGGAAGUCCAGGAUCUGAAGAAAAAGCUGUCGCAAGUUGAAAACGAUCUCGUCACCAACAAGGCUAACCUCGAGCAGGCCAACAAGGACCUCGAGGAGAAGGAAAAAUCCCUCACCAACGCUGAAUCCGAGGUGGCCGCUUUGAACAGAAAAGUGCAGCUGAUCGAGGAGGACUUGGAGCGCUCGGAAGAGCGUCUCAACACCGCCACUGCCAAGCUGACGGAAGCCUCCCAAGCCGCCGACGAGUCUAGCCGUAUGUGCAAAGUAUUGGAGAACCGCGCCCAACAGGACGAGGAGCGAAUGGACCAGCUGACGAACCAGCUCAAGGAGGCUCGUCUCUUGGCCGAGGACGCCGACGGUAAAUCCGACGAGGUCUCCCGCAAGCUGGCCUUCGUUGAAGACGAGCUUGAAGUUGCCGAGGAUCGCGUCAAAUCCGGAGAGGCCAAAAUCAUGGAGCUCGAGGAGGAACUCAAAGUCGUCGGCAACAGCUUGAAAUCUUUGGAAGUCUCCGAAGAGAAGGCCAAUCAAAGAGUCGAAGAGUUCAAGAGGCAACUGAAGACCCUCACAGUCAAACUAAAGGAGGCCGAGGCUCGUGCCGAAUUCGCCGAGAAGACCGUCAAGAAGCUCCAGAAGGAAGUCGACAGGCUCGAAGACGAGCUCGGUGUCAACAAGGACAGAUACAAGUCUCUGGCCGACGAGAUGGACUCCACCUUCGCCGAGUUGGCCGGUUAUUAAACAGCAUCCAAAUAACCGAUUGCCAGCGGAAAUCCAAUUGUCAUCCGACCACGAUAAAAACCGAUUUUUUUUUUUGGCGGGCUGGAAUACCGCGAAAGAAAACACGGAUAUACUUCAAUAUCGCAUGUCAACAAAAAGAAAACUCAGAAAAAAACGAAACAAUAAAACAAUUAUUAUCAUACGUAUUAUACUACUACCGUGUAUAUUCAUCGAUUAUGGGCAAAUGUUCCAUUUUUAUGUUCUUCUAUAUUCACGACGCAGCCAUCGUCUCAUUAAGGGUUUUUAUACAAAAAAAACGCUCAUACGGAUAUGAAAAUUUUCAAUGUAAAUGUAUACAUGUAAACCAGUCAGACAAUAAAAAUGCACCACGAUUUAACGCGUGAAUUGGUCAUUCGUUUGGUCAGUUUACCCUUCUUUUCUUCUCUCUCCCUCGCUCUUUAUACAUAUAGAUUGUAAAUAAACUGGCCAAAAGCGAUGGCUUAACCGUCAUGUAUAGUGGACAGUUUUUAAGACUAAGGCGACGUGUCGACUGGCCAUUCAAGUUUUGCAACGACGCGCAUUUGUUAAGUGAUUUUUUUAAGGGGAAAGGCGAGUUAACUUUAUGCUUAUUCACGAGGAGCUCUUCCGUCUCGACGGACGAGUGCGCGUCAUUCUCGACUUCAGUGGUCGUGUACGUUCAAAGUAUCGAUUGAAUUGAUAGCGUUACGUCUACUUAUUGUUCGGUGAUUUAGACGUUACUUGGAUAACCAUGUCAUUGUAUCUUAUUUAUGAUCAAAGUUUGUCACUUUACGUUAUGUUGUCCUAUGGAGUUAUUAAAAUAA